UUUUCGGCCCGUCGCAGAGAAUAGUCAUUCGUAGCUCUGUCUUAUCUCUAAAAGUUUGGAUUAUAAUGAUAUUGUGACUUGUGUCGUGCAAAAACUGUGGUUUUUUUUUAUAAAAAAAAAUGUGGGGAGCUAACAGUAAUAGCUGUGAAAUAGGCUGCCAGUGUUCUGGUUUAAUCACGGACAACUUCAGAAUCAACUCCGGAAACAGCUCUACUAAGCGGAAACAAGAGGAAGCCAAAACAAUCAACUACAGAAGUAAAAUGAUUCCGCACUCUCUCGACCUGAACAGAAAGCAGUCACCGUUAAACUCACCGAUAUCCACACCGAAACGGAGAGUCCUCGGCGAAAUUCAAAACUCACCGUUAUUCAUACAAAAAACCUCACCAACCAUAGAAAGGUUACGUGGUACGACAGACAAAUCACCGAUAAUCAAAGAUUCAUUAUCUCCAUUGACGAGUAGAUCGAAUAAAAUGAAACGUUCAAAAUUAAGUCGAGUCUACGAAGAACGAUCAAAGUUUAAAUUGGAUAAGGAGAAUAGGAAUACGGAGUUUCUAGAUGUCACCGAGGAGACAAGGGACUGCUCCUUCAGUGGGAGUUCAACGAACUUAGCUCAAUGGUCCCAGGCUAAGCUUGACUUCUCAGAUGCCUUACCACCGAAGCCUAUCGCGGAAAAAGAAUCUGACAACUUGGACAUAUAUGUACCGGAUAAGGAAGUCACUAUUGAUCAGGAAUUUGAAACAUUACACGACUUAGAGGAGGAAUUUGACUCGGAUAACUUUGAUACGUGCACAAAAUAUGAAAUAAUAUCCACCGACAGUCCGGAUAUCAUAUCAAGCGGUCGAACAACAUCGAGAAAGAUAAAUUCAAGGAACUUCAACUUCGGGGCUCCGCUGUCCGACACCGAACAGUCAACUUCUUUCAACAGACCGAUGACAAGCGUAACCAGGAUGCUCACCUUCGAAGAAAGCUUCGAGUUCACAUCGCCAGCUAAACGAGCUCCUCACAACCUCUCCGUGAAGAAAUCCUUGAAAUUCAUCGAGACUUCACCGAAAAUUUCCAAUGAGACUCAAUCCAGCAGUUCCAUAACUCCGACCAAACUUGAAGCGUUUCCAUCAGAAUCGACGACGUCCGUUGAAAGUGGGUUCGUAUCUGAAUUCGAAGAGCCGUUCCUUGAAAUCGAUUCCGUAACGCAAUCCCCGAAGAUCGAUAGCCUCAAAGACUUGAUGUCCGCGGAUAUAACUGACUGCAGGUACUCAAAGAAACUCCAGAGAAGUAUUAGCUACAAUCCGGAAACUUCCAGAGCUAAGGUUGCCCUGUUUCCUAUACUAGAAAGUCCGGAAAAGAAGUCAAAUAAACGGACGGACAGGACUGAUGAAGAAAACAUAUCGAUCAAAAGGAAAAAAUCAAAUUGUGAAAGUCCUAAAGCGGAUAGACACAGGCCAGUGCUACAUCGGGCUUUCUCGGAGAACAAUGCAUCUAUAAUGUCAGCGUUGGCGAGAUCGGUGGUAGAUCCAGAUCUGAUCGGAGACUUCACACUACCAUUUGCUCUGCCACUCACAAUCGGUGACCACUCCGAUCUAAAAUCAAUAUCCUGUGAGACCCUCGCCUCUCUCUUACGGGGUGAAUUCACGGACAGCAUCAAUGAAUUUCAGGUAAUAGACUGCAGGUACCCUUAUGAGUACGAAGGUGGUCACAUCCUGGGAGCUGUGAACCUAUACACUCCAGCUCAGAUCCUGACGUUGGUGAACGAGCCCGUCCAGCCCAAGGACGGAGACAAGCGGAACAUCCUGGUCUUUCACUGCGAGUUCUCGUUGGAACGGGGACCGAAACUGUCCCGUUUCCUUCGAUCGUCUGACCGCGCGAAGAAUAAAGAAAACUACCCCUCUCUCUGCUACCCGGAAGUAUACCUACUACAUGAGGGCUACCGGGCAUUCUACCAGCGGUUCCCGGACCUAUGCUCGCCUACCGGAUAUACCGCCAUGUUGGAUCCGCAACAUAAACAUCUCCUGCGGAAACACAGAUCUGUACAACAACCAUCUUCGUCUCAUAACACGAGGCGUAAUAGGCUUAUUCUAUAAAUGUGCAAUAGAUAUUAAAAUAUUGACGGUCUACUGAAAAGACCGUGGUCUACUCGAAAGACCGGAGUGAAUUAUUGUUUAAAAUGUCUUAUGGAUGUUUCAAAUUGAUUAAAAUUAUGUUUUUCGUGGAAUUUACUUCGGUCUACUCAGUAGACGGUUUGAGUAGACGGAUUUGAUGACAGCGUUUUUUUAAGUCGCGAAAUUUUUUAUAAAAAAAUUUAUUUUUUAUUGUAAAUAUGAGAAAA